CUCAAUAGGAGUAUUGAUUUUGCGCUGGCGUUAGGUAUGGGCUAUGGCUUGAUUUGUGGCAUCCUCUACAUAAUCGUUAAUCGUUAUAUGGCCGCACAAACUGAAUUCUCUUUUCAUUUGCUUUAAUUUACCGCACAUACAAUUUUGUUUCCUGUUUUCCUUUUGAUUAGUUUUGCUGCAUUUCACACGCCGCGCGAUUCUUCAUUCCAAUAAACGAAAGAUCAGUUAACGCAUUUAUGGUUCGAUGGCAUUCCUCAAAGAUGUAGCGAGGCUUGCAGAUGGUUUGUCUUUGGUCGCCAAAGAGGCUGUCAACCGGCAACGGCGGAGUGACGGAGGCAACAGCUUGCAGUCGUUGAUUAAGAAGACUCUUCUCUCCGCUACCGAUUUAACUGGGCUCACCAAAGGCAAAGUUCGACAGUUCGAUAAGGAGAUCGAUGCAAAUUCUUCUGUACGUCCUGAUUCGAAUAAACAAAGUGUCGUUUACUUCACUGAUGAAAAACCUAGCACGUCUAGUUCUAGUACGUUCACUUCCGAGCCCCAAAUCGAACGUCAUUUUGAGCCGAAGGAAGUUUCUGCUGCUGAAUCUCAUGAUAAUGUAGAGCCUCCGCCUCAAGCUGCUGGGACAACUUACGAGGGUGAUCCUCAGAUAGAUUCAAACUCUUCUGAAAGCAAAGCUGCCGAAGUUGUUGUUCCUGCUACUCCGCAGCUGAAAAGGCAGAGGAAGCUACGGGAGAGGAAAGUGCCGACGACUUCUUUCUCUAGGGCGCUUGGGUUUGCGGGCCUUGGAGCUGGUCUUGCUUGGGGUACACUUCAAGAAUCUGCCAAGAGGCUUGUUUUUGGUGCACCAAAUGUGCAAGGACAACAAUCUGCUCUAUCCCCCUAUCUGUCUGAGAGAAAUGCAGAACGCCUGGCUCUUGCAUUAUGUAGAAUGCGUGGAGCAGCUCUAAAAUUGGGGCAAAUGUUAAGCAUCCAAGAUGAAUCUGUGGUUCCGGCUCCGAUCUUAGCUGCUUUGGACAUUGUCCGUCAAGGUGCUGAUGUUAUGCCUAGUAGUCAGCUUAAUCAAGUAUUGAGCAGUGAGCUAGGUCAUGAUUGGUCGUCGAAGUUGAAGAGUUUUGAUUAUGAGCCAAUGGCAGCAGCAAGUAUUGGACAGGUCCAUCGGGCUUUCACAAAGGACGGCAUGGAGGUUGCUAUGAAAAUACAGUACCCAGGUGUUGCUGAUAGUAUUGAGAGUGACAUUGAAAAUGUGAAACUUCUAUUAAGUUACACAAACUUAAUACCAGAGAAGCUGUACAUAGACAAUGCUAUGAAGGUUGCCAAAGAAGAACUUUCUCGUGAAUGCGACUAUGAGCUGGAAGCAAAAAAUCAAAAAAGAUUUGGCAUAUUAUUAUCAGGCACAAAGGGAUUUUAUGUUCCAGUGGUCAUAGAUGAUUUGUCAAGUAAACGAGUACUGACUUCAGAACUUGUUCCUGGAAUUCCAAUUGACAAGGUGGCGUUACUGGAUCAAGAGACUCGGAACUAUGUCGGAAGGAAAUUGCUCAAGCUUACUCUGAUGGAGUUGUUUGUUUUUCGCUUCAUGCAGACCGAUCCUAACUGGAGCAAUUUCCUCUAUGAUGAAUCUGAGAAAACAAUCAAUCUCAUUGACUUUGGAGCAGCUCGUGACUACCCCAAAAGUUUUGUGGAUGAUUAUCUUAGAAUGGUUUUUGCUUGCGCAAAUAAUGACCGGGAAGCAAUAAUAAAUUUGUCUCAGAGGCUUGGUUUCCUCACAGGAGAAGAAUCUGAAAUAAUGACGGAGACACAUGUUCAGGCAGGUUUUGUUGUGGGGUUGCCAUUCUCAAAGCCUGGAGGGUAUGAUUUUCGAGCUAACAAUAUUACUCAAAGCAUUUCAAAUCUUGGGGCUACAAUGCUGAGGCACAGGCUGACACCGCCUCCUGAGGAGGCUUACAGUCUUCACCGUAAGCUUUCUGGAGCUUUCCUCGCUUGCAUAAAGCUUGGGGCUGUAGUGCCAUGCAGGGAGAUCUUACUUGAAGUGUACGAGAAAUAUGAGUUUGGCGAACAUGAUAGUGUAAAAUUUGCGAGCGGAUCAGAGUGAUGUUGGAGAUGCAUCUUCCGCAUUGUAAACUGUCCGUUGGAUUGAAGGAUAAGGCAGAAAGUCCUCAAGAACGAGAAAGCCAACGAAAAGGCUAUUCAUGGUCUGAAAUGCAUUUAAAUGACAGUUUCUGCAGCUCUAUUUGCUGUCCCAAUGGCUAUGCCUACAUUUAGCUCAGCCUAUGUAUACCUAAAGUCAUGAGUGACAUAUAUUGAUUUAUGGUCCUUCUGGCACAACUUGCUGAAGUUCGUUCCUGCUUUCAGGAACUGAGGAAAUCUGUUUGGAAUAAUACAAUUUGAAACGGGGAAGAUAUACAUACACAUUUGAGGUUUAUGUAAUUAUAGGAAAAUUUAAGAGAAGCAAUUCUGAAAAUUGUACUAUGCACUUUAAGCAUUCUUUGUCUUCAAUAAAAGCGGUAUUAGUUGAAUUA